UGAAAAUGAACAAAAGCUGUUCACUGUCAAUUGAAUCCAACCGGCAUUGUACAAAGUUUCCCUUUCUUUAAUAAUACUGUCUACAGAACAUUAUGAAAAGAUCGAGAAAGACUGUAACGGUCCCUGUUCUGGCAUCUUGCUUCUUUUUAGGAACAUUUUUGGAAAGGGCGGUGGCCUUUCUAUCCUUAAUCACAGUCAGGUAUGAACAUCGGACCAUCAGUGGGGCUAGCCCCAACUCCCUUUUGCAACCAUUAGUAUCAAAUCAAUGCUCUUGCCGUUCGUUACGCCUUUUCUCCGGCUAUGGAAUUGCAACAAAUUACACCUGGAAAGAAGAAGCAUUUGAAAUCGACGUCACCGUCACUGUCCCUGCUGACGUUGUUGCCAAAAACAUUAUUUUUCAACCAACGGGAAGGUCAAUUGAUUUACGAUACAAAUCCGAGACCAAGAAAGGCAGCAAUGGAGAUCGAUCCAAAACGAUUGUUCUACUCGAUGGCUCUCGCAAACUACGCGGAAAGGUUAACCUGGACGGCACCUACUGGGUGAUCUCGGACUUGCAGGACGACUUCGCCCAACGGCAAGUCACGGUAACGAUUGAAAAAAUCGUCCGUACGCCGAAGGAUGACUUUGAAGUUGUUGACUAUGACUGGAAGGGUAUCUACGUAGAUGAUACGGAAGAAGUGUUAGAGCGAAAAUACGAUGAGCCAGAGAAGCUCAAUGUUCGUGAAUAUGCAGCAAAAUUGGGGGUCGAUAUUGACAAUAUCGACAUGAGUAUGGUGGAUAAGACCAUGUUUUCAUCGGGAAUGAAUCUUACGCAAAAAAAUAUGGAUGAACUGACCAAAGCGGGAUAUUUGUCAGACGAAGAGGUCACUCAGCAAGCAGACGGAACAGAAUAUGUCACAAACGAGAUAGGCGAGCUAGAACGACUCUCAAAGCCCUACGAGGAUGAGAUUGGCGGCAGUGGCGAAGAGAGGAUGCCGUCAACUAAAAUACCUUUUUUGGACACCACUUCGCCUUGGCAUAACACAAUUCCAGUGCACGUUGACAAAGAAACGAACAAAACAUUCGUGCAACAGACGCGGAAUUUUACUCGGGCUGCUUUUGCCGAGGAUAGUGCCCGGGUGUCACUGGAUGAGCCUACACAAGAAGUACGGGUAUCCAAGGAUGCAAACGAUCCAAUCGACAUACUUACAGUUAAACGCCUCAAGGAUAUUCUUAAAUCGCAAGGGUUGAAAACCAGUGGCAACAAACAGGAACUCAAGGAUCGCUUACGGAAACAGGUCAACUCUUUAAUGCAAGGGAAGCAAAGCCCUCCAAAAUAAUUUACCAAGACUAUUCUCUAUGGUAACACAAUAUACUUAGGAUUUGUUUCAGAACUUUC